AUGUCUUCAUCUGCAGAUAUCAUGGAAUCUCAACCUCAUGAAUGCUAUCUCUUCAGCAACCUUUUGCCUAGCAUGAUGCCUAUCUCUGGCCUCAUCAGCCUAGAUGCAGGGUUCGAUUUCGUCAGUUAUGUUUCCAUCAGCGAACAAAAAACAAUGUUGUUCCCUCUAUAUUGUUUAUCCACGUCCCUUGGCACCCUUAGACACCAGAUCUCCUUGAUUGGCUAUAUUGCGACACCGAUCAUGCACAAUGGGAUGGAAAUAGUGCACCAUUCCGUGUACAAACAUGGGUCUGUGCCCAUAUACACCCAGCAUGCUGAGCCAUCUGGGAAGUUGGAUUUGGCUCCCCAGGCCUACAUGAUAACUGACCACCUUCUUUAUAUCAAAUAUGACUGGUUGCCCUGGAGUUCAACGACUACUAUCACUUACUACAUCUCCAUGACGGUCCAUUGUUUCCCAGUCACACCUGCCGAAUUCACAGUCCGUUUGGCAGACAUUAAGAAGUUCGUGAGCAACUGA